AGACCACCGUAUUUGUAGUCGACCGCAAUACGGGAAGUUGGAAAAAAUAUUGUGAACAAUAGCAAGAAACACUUUGUAGGCUGUAAUUUUAACGCCAAAUUUUCAAGGGGGUCGUUAAUUACCUUAACCAUUGCAUCGUUUGGUCGCAAAUCCAUAAUUUUAACGGUACCCAGGGGAACUUUUGGAAAGUGGAAAUAUCAAUAGUUAGCAAUUUGCCGAAGUAGUAGAAUCAAAUAGCUGCAAGUAGGUACUGCAAGGAUGUACUUUCCAUCAAAUGCUGAAAGUUCUUUGGAUUUUGGACCAGUUUAUGUUCGUGAAAAUGGAGAACUGCAUAUCCUGCGAAAACCUGCAGGCAGCAUAAAGGAUGAUCCCCCCAAAACAAAACCUUACAGAUUGUUUCAAAAAAGCUUUUCUGUUGAGCUUUGUGUUGGUCAAGAAGACAGUAGAAAUAAUUCACCUAAAGCAGAACAUUUCAUCUUUACGUAUACAACAGAAGGAAGUCUUCGUUACUCAGCCAAAUCAUUGUUUCAUAUCACACUGGGUUUUGUUGCGGACAAUGUCCAUCAUAUUGAUUCUUUAGUUGGCUUUCCAGAACAAAUUGCUGAAAAACUGUUUACAGCUGCAGAAGAAAGACUUAAGUUCACAGACCCAAGAACAGGACUUAGGGCCUUGCAGGUGUUUACUAAAGCUUAUGGACACCUGGUGCUUCAAACUCUGUGUUUGAGAGGCAGGUAUCUCACUGUUUCAGAAAAACUAGAUGAGAUCAGAGCCUUCCAUGGACUGACCUGCUUAGAUCUUUCAUCAUGUAAACUUGGUGAUGACCAUGAGCUCAUUGCACAUCUGACGUCUGAGGCUCUUUGCAGUUUGAAACAGCUAUAUGUAAAAGAUAACUGCCUUUCAGAUAUGGGAAUUCGAAAACUGACAGCUCCUGUUCGAGUCAUGAAAAGAGGGCUUGAAAAACUGGAAUCCCUUGAUGUCUCUUGCAAUGCCAAUAUUAGUGACUUUGGGAUCGGAUUCCUCUGCUGUUUUAAGAAACUUCAGACUUUAGAUAUCUCAAACACUGGUGUAAAGGACAAAGUGGCUGUCACAAAAAUGAUCCAAAAUCAGCUAGGCUUGGUUCCCUCUGAUAGCCCUCUAAAAGAAUUUGAUCAUACAGAAUGUAGGAGUAAAGGAUGGGCGGAACAGGUGGUAGCUCAAUGGCAAGAUGUAAUGUCCGAGACUUGUAAACCACAUGAACAUAUUCAGUCCAGAUUGGCUGCUCAGCAGUUCUAUGGGAAAAUGAAGAUUUUGAACUAUUUACCUUACAAUUCAGGUUCAGAAGAAACUGUUUCACUGCUGCACUUUUACAGAGAAAAGCAAAAUUUAUCUGCACAAAGUGCCAGAGAAGUCACAGUAAGAAGAGACACUAGACUGAAAAAUAAAAGAUUGCAUGAGGAUAGCACUAAAGAGCAGAACCCGUCAUCCGUGUCACCAUCACUAAAGCGAACCUACGCAGCAGAGUUCAGCUUGGAAGACUGGGACUUGUUAAAUAGUUAUUAACUUGGCAUCUAAAGUUUGUACCAUUUUCUUUAAUAUAAUAAAAUUUCAGUCAUAUUGAAAUAGUAA